GGGUACCUCUCGCUGCGUGACGGGCUACAGCUGUCAGUCGUCUCUAGCCUCUCUUGCAGUUAUCACGGACAGUUUAAUUUCAGACAAUAGCCUGUGCUGAAUGAGGUCAGUGUCCCCUCGACCCUUAGCCAUGUGACUUCGAUAAAGCAGCAAGCUCGGGAUCACACCAACUGAAGCAUCGAGAAAAUAUUCAUGAUAAACCAUACUCUAUGUAAAGACGGGGCAGCCAACAAUUCUAACCGCCGAACGAGAAAACAGAAAUACUUGAAGGCGAAAGGCGUGCAGCUGUUGAAGUGAGUGAGAAACACCGAGGAGUGGGACAAAUGAUCGUGGAAGGCCGAAUGUGAAGUGAGUUUCAAAAAAAAGUAAUAGCUAGAGCGUCUCCACUCUGCCUCAAAUCCAACUCAGGAGGAGUGCACACGUCAUUCGCCUCGCGUUUGUUCGAACGGGAGGUUACUAACCCAGUUAUCCAGUUGACUGGUGAACACCGUGGAGGUCCGACCGGUGGGGUACAAUCUCCUCUGACCGAUCGGCAUCGGUCGCUGUCGAUAAUCCAACGAAUUGAGUGUAAUUCAGUGAUUUGUGUCAGAUAAAAAUAAAGCUGCGAUGGCGAGUGUUGACACAGAUUUGGAGGAGUUGAUGUCACAUCUUGGAGAGUUUGGGAAGUACCAGGCAUGGCAAUACUCGUUGCAUGUGCUUGCCGGACUGACAGCUGGAUUACACAUGUUGACAUUGUUGACUGUUGCUGCUGUUCCACCACACAAGUGUGUUGUACCAGGGUUGAGAGAAGAGCUUGGUGGCAAUUUGACUUGGGAGACUGUGCCAGGUCCUCACAGAUUGUACAGCAAUGGAAGUACAUUUGAGAAUAUUCCGGUGAGCCUGGACCACUGCCACUACAAGGACUUUGACAACAAGACAAAGAACUGCGACGAGUGGGUGUACGAUACCACUUACUACAAAUCGUCGAGGGGUAUUGAAUGGAACUUUGUGUGCUCGAGAAGAUGGAGAGGAGCGCUAGCCCAGUCUUCCUACAUGCUCGGUGUCUUCUUCGGGGCUGUGACACUUGGAACUCUGGCCGAUAAAUACGGUAGGAAAGUCAUUUUCUGCAUCUCAGCGACGAACCAGUUGAUACUGGGGAUUCUAGUUGCUCUAAUGCCCGAGUACACCACUUUCUUAAUCGUGAGGUUCUUGUACGGAAUCUUUGGAUCUGCUGGCGCCUACAUCACUGGUUUCGUGUUAACGAUGGAGCUAGUGGGGCCGUCGAAAAGAACUGUGUGUGGAUUGAUGUUCCAACUGGCAUUCGCGUGUGGGUUUGUGAUUGUCGCCUUCUGGGGGGCCUUUAUCAAGGAUCGCAUGUGGUUGCAAAUUGUGUACGGUGGACACUCGGCUGUUUUGAUUGGCCACUGGUGGCUAAUGGACGAGUCUCCCAGGUGGUUGUGGGCGCAAGGGCGUGGAAAACAAGCUGUGGAGAUCGUUCAGAAGGCUCUAAAGAUGAACGGUAGUGAUACUGUGUUAGAUGCUGCUAGAUACGUGUCCAAGAAUCGGGCGAAAGAGGCUUCGAGGGACUCCACUGGUAGCUACACUGCUGCAGAUCUUUUCAAGACACCUAAUCUCAGGAAGAAGACCUUGAACGUCUGUCUCAAUUGGUUCGCCAACUCCAUUGUCUAUUAUGGACUCUCAUUAAGCAGUGGCGCUUUGAUGGGAAAUCCUUACAUUAGUUUAGCCCUUAGUGGAAUCGUCGAGUUUCCCAGUUAUAUAUUCACUUGUGUCACUAUGGAUCGGCUUGGGAGAAGGUCUCUCGUCAGUUCAUUCAUGCUCAUUGGUGGCACCUGUUGUAUUGUUGCGACACUAAUUAAGGAUCUGCCCACCUUCGUCACAGCUGCUGCUACAAUUGUACUUGUGGGGAAGGCGUGUAUUGCCGUUUCAUUCGCUGUUAUCUACAAUUACACUGCCGAAUUGUUUCCAACUGUGUUGAGGAAUACUGCGUUGGGAAUUGGAUCCAUGUGCUGUCGGUUGAGUGGUUCGCUAACCCCAAUGUUGCUACUGCUAGACUCACUCGAUGCCAGGGUACCUGCCGUUACUUUUGGCAUCAUUGCACUGAUAUCAGGGUUCUUAUCUCUUUAUCUACCAGAAACAGCGGGGCAACCGAUGCCCGAGAGUCUUGAGGAUGGAGAGAAGUUUGGAGUUGGUGAUACUUGUUUCACGACUUGUCUCGGGAGGAAGAAAAACGAAGAUACUUAUGAUGUUGCACUUAAGCCGAUGGCUAGAGAGGCUGAGAAGAUUAAUGGUGAUAGUGAGGAGAAGUUGAAGAAUUCUCAAUAAUCACGGACAUUUUUUUCUUCGGUGUGGACAGUUGAUUUAUGAGGGUCUGGGGAGAUAGACAGGUACAUGGAUGGGUUGAGUCUUGAGAUUAUGGGAGAAUCGGGGCUUAACGCGGUACUACUCACGGUGCUUAGGGGACGUUAAAUAAUGGAGAUUGUACUUUAUCAGUUGCUUGAUUUCACGUGUAGGUGCUUAUUACGUACGUUUGAUGGGAUUACAAAGACUGAUGGCCCUGUUUCUUAUCAAUCGUUAUAUUAAUUUCGUUAGCUGAUUGUGGGUUUCAUUUUAUUAGGGAAAUUGUUAAUGAAGAGAGGGUUAUUGCUGAUGUACUUCGGCAGAAUUUUCAACUUGGUGGGGAAUUUAGAGUACAGUUAUUUUUUUAUAUUCGAAUGUUAUGACAAUGCGAAUUUUAUGAUGUAUUACAUUGUGUGGAAGAAAACUCGGGGAAAUGUUGAAAGAUACAUUAUUUUUCAUUUUAUUCAUUUUUCUGUCAGACUAGUUGUCGCAGGAAAUCUUCAGAAUCAUUUGUACAUCAGACAAGAUGCUUUUAUUAUCUAAUAUGUUUGUUUUAGGACAUACCAUCUUUAUCGAUAAUAGUGAAAAUUUAUUUUAGAAAUCGCAGUCAGACGUAACUUUAUCAAUUUUUUCUUUGAACAUGAACAUUUUUCAUGAAAAGAGGACAAUUCGAAGUGUUCAUCAUCAUGAUUUCGACGUUUGGAGCAAAUUUAGAGAAAAUAAUUGUUUUAUAUUUGAAUGCUAUGACAAUGUGAAUUCUACGAUGUAUUAAAUUAUGAGAAAUAAGAAAACUCUAGAAAAUGUUGAA